UAGGGGCGAUUUAAUGUUGAAGAAAAAGUUAGGAGGCGCUCAGGUUCUGUUUGAUAAAGUUAAUGUAAUACAUUGAAGUUAUAGCGCUAGUUUUUAUAAACGCAAAUUGAGGGAUUUAUUUGAAAAUAUAAAACCAUCUUAUGGGUGUGACCGAAAACGAAGACUAACAUAAAAGAGAGGAGUAUAAAAGACAAAGACAAAGGCAACGAGAAAAGUGUUGAAGACACCACAUUCUAUGAAACUUUAGGUGGAUUCACUGCUAAAGAACUACCAUAAACCACACGAAGAGACCGAUACUUUUAUAUAUGGUAGUAAUUCAAGUGGCAGUAACCGAAAACAGUGCCAGAGUGUAUGAUUUUUAAUCGAUUGGACAUUUAGGAGAAAAUAGUUCGUGGAGAGCGCGUGUAUCUUGUGAAAUUGCAAAACAAAUGUAUUGCCAGUAUAUCCCAUAAAGUGAUGUACAGCACAUGUAUUAAAGGCAUUAUUCAAAAGAAAAUCUUGUGACCAUCGGACAUACUGAAAUACGAAAAAGUCACAAAAUGCUUCGAGGAUAUUUUCCAGAGUUUGGUGGAAGGAAAAAGAAAGCAAAGCAGACUGACGAAAUUAAACCAGCUAAGCGUUCGGAUAAAAGCAGAAAAAAACAAAGACGAAAUUCACGCCCUGAAAGUUCUAAGAACAUAAUACACACUGAAGUUGAAGAACAAAACGAAAACGUUGAUGAAAAUACUAAAUUAGCAGAUAAACAUCAGAUUAAUCAACAUAUGGAUAAUAUUGCUGAGCCAAAAUGUGAAGGGGAUCUAAAACGUAUGGAUAUUCGCACGUUUGAAGAUGAUAAUGAUAAAAUGAGAAGAAAGAGUAGCUUAAUCUUAAAUCAUAAAGAUGUAAUGUUUGAUACUGGAAAACCAUGUAAUAGCUGCAGCCGCGUUAGAUUAAAUAGGGGCGAGCUUAGAUGUAAGAACUGUUUUUCGUUCGCGUGCUUACAUUGUAAUAAAAUGUGCGAGUGUAUGGGGGAAUGUUUUUGCUAUAAAUUCCAAAAUGUCUUUGAGAAACAGAUUCGAAGUGCUUCCAAUGAGUUAACAAAACGUCUAAAACAGCAUGAACCGAUUGAAAGUGUUUCUUCCGCCAAUACGUAUGAAAUACAUGAUUCCAGGAAAACAACAGUAAUUUCCAGCGUAACGAUAAGCAAAGCGUAUAAAUCCGACGAAAGUAUGCAGGCAGGAAAACAAAAUUAUGCGCAGCACGGCUUGUCGAAUGAUAACUACAUGGAGAUAUCUAUUCUAGAGUACGAAGAUGAUGACCAUGUCUUUUUACGAAGAUCUCAAACUGUUCGCGUACUUCUCGGAAUGAUACGGGAAAAUAUUGCUGUCGGAAUAUAUUCGAAAGACGGGUUGGAAAAGGAGAUCACUUUCAUAGAAAAUUUAAAGAAAACGUUUCACAGAGAAGAAAUACAAUUGAUCAAUGUAAAGCAGUGCGCUCGAGUUUUGAAAGAAGAUAAAAUGCCAAUAAUUGUCACAUGCCCUCUUCAUUCACGGUUGUACUCCGAUAUGAAUAACGUGCUGUCCGGUAUAAAGGAGGAGUAUUAUAAAAGAAUAAUUUUGAUUCUAUAUCACUACAAAAAAGAAGACAGAGAGGCAGCUUCUGUUCUUGUUGAGUAUGAAAACAAGUUUCCAGCAUUAAAAUGUAUUGACUUCUUUCAUCAAAAAAGACUAGAGAACAUCGAAAGUGUGGCAACAGAAAUCAAACUUGCACUUUAUGAGAUGAGAAAGAUGUCUGAUCAAACGAAUGAUUAAAGCAAUAUAUUGAUAGUAUAUCUGCACCAAACAUUUUGUUAUGUUCAAAUUGUAGACAUGUUUUGUUGUUAUGUUACUCUACAUAAAUUUUGAAGGGAAGGAAUCUGGGACAGAAUGUAUCAAAGGCGAAAAAGAAGAUUUUGCAUGCAUAAGACUGUUACAAAUGGGAAAAUCUUCGCCUUGCAUGGAAAUGUGUGAAUUGUUGUUUUUAUUGUUGACGAUUUUAUUCCUUAAUCUGUUUUAGUGAUUGUUAUUGUAGUAUUCCCGUGUUUAAGACUGAGUCAUGAAAAGCGUACUUUGAUAUUUAAUCUACACGGUCGCACUUCAUGUCAUAUGACUAUUUAGGUAUAAGUUAGAAAAGUUAGAUAAGAGACACUGUCAGGGUUACUGAUAUAUUAUCAUAUAAACUGAUUUUUGGAUAACGGUCAUGCUAGUAUUUUGAACAAAGUCCAUGAUUAGUAAAGGUUGAUAAGGCCAUUAUGAAUUAUAUAUAAAGUCCGUAAAAGUUUCUGUAAGAUCACCAAUGGAAUUGUUUUGAUAAAUCAAAAUAUUUAAAAAACACAAAUGCACAUGUUGCUUUAUCAAUGCUCUUAUUGAGUCGGCUAAACGCUGUCAAGCGUUUGACGAGUCCUUUCUAUCGCACGAUUUCUCAUUCUUAAAUGGCCUCACAACACAGCGAAGUGAUGCAGUUCCAUUGGAUUGUCUCUAAUUUCAAAGAGUUCAUUGAUCGAAUGAAGUUCAUUUAUGUCAAUUCUAUUUGCUAUGACCAAUAUACGAUGUAAUCUGUCAUAUUUAUGACUUGUAAUUGUGCAAUACUCGAAUAAAGCAACGUAUUUUCUUCCGCGGUAACUCAUUAAGCAUAAACACGCAUAACGAUUCUGCGGGAUUUGGUAAUACAUUUGCGCAUAUGAUUAUGGUGACGAAUUUUAUGCCCUUUUGUCACAAAAUAGCAAAUAUGAUGUUCACAAAUUCAAAUAAAAACUGCAUAUUAACUUAUUAGCCAAAUUAUCCAUUUGUUACCCUGUCCGUUUCAAAAAAUAAUCUUUAAAAUCAUUGCGCAAAUAACAAAUUUAUUGUGCUGUGCAUUUUAUGAAUUGCGCAGACUUACAAAGCUUGCGUAACAUCCAGCGAAAGACAAAAUAUAGUUCCAGAACAUACUGCUAGUAUUUUAUUGAGUGGGUACCUCUGAAAGCAUUGGAAUGUCUCUUAUCAAAGAGUUUACCACAUCGAUGAAAUUAAAUUCUGACAGCUUCGUUUUAAAUGACCCGAAUAAGAUAUGUGCAGUAGGUUGAUUCUUCCGCGAGACUUCGCGGAUGAAUCCUAACUACAUUCUGGACACUUCUCGGCGAACACGCGUGACCUGUUUAUAACAAUGCUUCUACGACUUUGCGUGGGUUGAAUUUUGUAGUCAGUAAACGGAUAAAUUAUCGGAAGAAGAAGCUCCUACUGGUUUGUUUAGUUACUACUGAUAUUAAAAAUGAUAUUAAUUCUAAUUUUUCGAGAAAUAAACAAAUCGGCGAAACAUUAAAUUGUAUUUUCUUGUAGUUUUUGAAAUCUAAAGUAGAUCGUCUAUGUUUGGCUGCUUUGACGAAACGAAACAACUUUUUUAUGAAAAGAUUUAAACAAGAGGUAAUUUAACCGUAAACUUCAAUGUCAGAUACUGCCAAUUGCUGCUAAAUGUCUUGUAUCAUCACAAUUUGUAAAAUAUAUUGUUGAAACUGGAGAAAACUGAAAAGUGUAAUCGUAUCCGGAUAUAAUAUUUUGGGUACAUAUCGAGCUGUGUUAUGAAAUUUUAACAUUCAAGUAACAUACAUGAUAGAUAUUAUUGUAACAGAAAUGAUUCUAGAAUUUAUUUUUAUUACACCUACAUAUAAUCUAUGUCAGACUCGUAUUCUAGUACUGAGGCAUGAUCUGAAAGUAAAAAGAUGAAGUGACAGUCAUACUUUGGAUAUUGUAAUACUAAGAAAGAAUCUAGAUCGUAACCUUUCUGGAAUUUUGACUGGUUUGGAUAAUUUGCUAACGAUUCAGGUUCGCAAAAAAAUGAAACCGUCACCCAUUCUGCUUUUCAUGAUGACACAUGGCUUGAUUUUUGCAGUCAGUAAGCGGAUAAAUUAUCCCGAGAAAGAGCUCUUACUGAUUUGUUUAAUUACUAUUGAUUUUAAAAAUGAUUUUAUUUCUUAUUUUUCGAGAAAUAAACAAAUCAGCGAAACAUAAAAUUGUAUUUUCUUGUAGUUUUUGAAAUCGAAAGUAGAUCGUCUAUGUUAGAGUGCUUUGACGAAACGAAACAAUUUUUUUUAUGAAAUGAUUUAAAUAAUUUCACCGUAAACUUCAAUGUCAGAUACUGCCAAUUACUGCUAAACUGUCUUCAUAUCAUCACAAUUUGUAAAACAUAUUGUUGAAACUGGAGAUUUUGGCAGUAUAAAAGAAAGUGUAAUCAUAUCCGGAUAUAAUAUUUUGGGUAAAUAUCGAGCUGUGUUAUGAAAUUUAAACAUUAAAGUAACAGACAUGAUAGAUAUUAUAUACAGAAAUGAUUCUAGAAUUUAUUUUUAUAAUACAUACAUAGAAUCAAUAUCAGACUUAUAUUCUAGUGCUGAGGCAUGACCUGAAAGUAAAAAUAUGAAGUGACAUUCAUUCAUACUUUGAAUAUUGUAAUACUAAAAAGAAUCUAGGUAAUAUUUAGAAAUUGAAACAUAAAAUUUUCAGUUAGAAAUCGCACCAAAGGCUGUAUCAAGGGUCUACAUUUUCAAAAUUUCCUAGUGGUGAUACUCCAAACCCUACUUGCAGGAGGGGGUAUCCUCCCACACCCUCCCCCCAUAUUGUCACUUUACAGUUUGAUACAUUUGCCCUUUUACCACCUGCCACAAUGCCCAUUUCAAAAUCUGACUGCAGUUCAAAGCGGGAAGGAACACCCCUCCCCACACCCACCCUGCUAUCGACCACGUAAAAAUGGUUCAAACAUUUUUUCAGCCCAGCCUGGGCCUGUCUGUCUACAUGAAUCAAAACGGAUAAUUGAAAGUACAUAGACUUGGGGACUACUGACAUGGUUUUGAAGGGGUUAACAGGUCUGAAAUAGAAUAAAUGAUGGUUUUAACUAAAAAAGAACUGCAUUUAUUAAUAUUGGUUAUCUUUUCCGAAAUUGGUAGCUAGUCCGAGUAACUUCUCUUAGUUUCGAAUGCGCAAUUUUCCUGUCAGUGUAAGUAUUCAUGACACUAUAUAUUGACACUCAGCAACAUUUACAUAUCUUUAAACGCAAAAGUAAGUAUACUUUAAAUUCACAUCCCUUAUAAUAUGAUUGAACAAUACCUAGCGUGUGACACGGUUAUUGCCAGGCCCCUUAUCUGUAAAAUAUCUGAACAGUUCUUUCGUCCAUCCGUUACAAAUUGUAUGUGGCAAUCCGCACUAUAAAAUUUCAAUAUAUAAAUUUUCAUAUUCAAAUUUUAUCAUGUGCGAAUAUAUACCAGCCGAUAAUUGCCUGUUUUGGUAAUGCCGGAGGCAAAUGUUUACUGGAGAAAUAUUUUUAUAAUUAUGGGCAGUAUCUUAGUGUCAAAGUCAAAUUGUAGUUUGUACUUUCAACAUUUUUAUUUUUGCGAACCACUCUUCAAUUUUAGAGAAAUAUAUUGGGUUUAAAUACUUGUAUAAUGUCAAUCAAAGUUUUACUAGGCAUCGAUUGAAUGUCCAUUUCAUCUAUUGUAACAAAAUCUCUGUUCAGUUGGGGAAAAAAAACUAAAACCAAACUGAAACUGGUAGACUAUACUACCAGUACAUCAAUCAUUAGCCGACUCUCAGGCCCUUCAGGCCUUUGAUUUAUUUCUUUGCGUUUAACUGUUUUCAAAGCCAUGUUUAAACAGUAGUAACCGUUUUGAAAAAAUGUUUUCAUGAUCAGUUAUUAUAUUAUAUAAAUGUAAAAGGACUAAGUUUAAAAUUGUAAUGUAACAACAUGGAAAGUUUGCUGUAUUGUCAAACCUGCCACAAAACAUGUAACCCAAGGGUAAAGACUGUCUAUCAUAGUUACUUAUACACUUAUAUACGGCAUUUCCUCGGUUUAAAGUAAUUAUGUUAAAGGAAGAAGGCACGACGAAUUGCGUAAUUUUACAUAGCCUCCAGACGGAUGAUUUGUUUAUAAUGUAAAAAAUAUUUUGAUGUAGACAGAUGGGAGAGAGAUGCGAGAGUUAAUAUGCUAGGUUACUAUAUGCUAUGUUAUGUUGAAAUUAAUAAAAGACAGUUGCUAUGUUAAAAAACUGGUUAAAAGGUUAAGAUUUGUUGUAUUAAAUGGCCGCGCUACGUUUCAAUAUUCCAAUAUACAGGUUAUGAGAGUUUUAGAUUUAGAAUUCAAAGCAUUUAUAAGUUAAAGAAAUACGUAAAGAUAGCUUUAUGAUAAUAUACAACUAUUUGCACAUGUUGUUAAAUAUUUGUCUGGGACUAUUUCAGAAAAUAAACCCGAUAAGUACAGCACUUCACGGCAAUCAGGAUAAUUUAGCUUAAAGUUACUGACAGAAAUAAAAUUCGUCACUAGAAACCCUUGCAUUAAUAAUCAAUAAAUGAUGAAUAUGAUAUGUUACUUUUUUUAUCAUAACCAGAAGUAAAAGCAAGAGUUGGUAACGAACGAAUUUUGAAGAGGAAUAUCAAUUUUUUUGGUGUUUUUAUACAUUAUCCCGACAAUGCCUAUACUUGAGGUAAUUGUGUGAUUUUUCUUUCAUUUUGUAUCAGAUUAGACAUUUAUUAAAUAAAGUCAGUUGUUUUACAUGAACUUUAACCUGGAAAUUUAAAAAACUUGGGGGUCAGUUUUCUUAUGUAUGUUACAUUUACGGGGAAUAGAGCCGAAUUUUACCUUACCCAAUAUUUUGAGCUCAAUACACUCACUGCUUAGCCUUUCCAGCACCAUAAUAUUUAUAUAUGUUUGUUUUAAGUGUAAAGACAAUAAUAAAUAAACACAUGUUUAAGUAUUUGAUAUCUUAAUACAUUUUCUGUACCAUCUUUAGAGUGAUAUAUAUACUAAGAAUACCCCCUGAUCAAAUGUCUCGUUCCGUUUUCUACAGCGAAACAGACUUACUUGAGUUUUCAAGUGAUUUGCAGCUAUCAACAUAGUGUAGGUGGAAUAUUAGUUUCUGAUUUACUUUAAUUCUUAAAACUUUCUUUAUGACUAUGUUUCACUCGCCUAGAUUCUUUAUAUUGGUAUUUGUAAGGUGCAAGCUUGCGUUUUGCAAUUAAAACUGUUUGAAUGAAUAUUUUUAUAAAAAAUACAUAUUACCUUUGA